CAAAGUUCACAGUAUCAAACAGUUGAAGUUUGUGAAAAGUAGAAAGAAGCAAAUUUUUUUCAUUUUUUCAAGAAAUUCAAAAACUUUCGUAAAAAAUUUCUGAAAUGGCUGAAAGUAAGAAGGACGACGCUGGUGCUGGUUGUGUCAAAUCGAGUAACAGCACCAAGUCAAAAGCCACGAAUCCGUUCUUCAUAUUUCUGCAUGAGUUUCGUCAAAAUUUAACGAAACGUGGCGCCAUCAAGUACAUGACAGCGAAACAGAUCGCUUGCGCAGCGGGCGAACGCUGGCGCCAAAUGUCAGCCAACGAGAAGCUAACCUAUGUGGUGUGGGCGCGCAAGAAUCAGCAACAGUUGGACCCGCAGUUGCGUGUGUCGGCACCCAAGUCACAAUAUGGCAGUAAGAGUAAAAGGAAGGGCAAGCGUUCGAAAAAAGUUAGCAUGCAGAAACGCCGCCCAAGCUAUAUUAAAUGAUUGUGUUGCAAAUGGGCUGAGUAGUCGUGGGAGGAGGACGCCACGUUUCACGUUUUUUAAUAGUGUGGGUGUGUGAAUUUUCGUUAGUACUUCUUUUCGUUCAAAAUAUGUUCGUAUGAGUGUAUGCAUGUGUAAAAUUUUUUGUUUAUAAAUUUUUGUGAGAUUUUUCAUGUUUCGUAUUUUGUCAAUUUUUUUUAAAUAUAUGUGGCAUAGAAAGUAGUUUUAUAUAACAA